AAGAAGUGGAGCAGUGCCCUGAUAUCAGCUGCAGUUGAUGCAAAUACUGCCUCUACAUCAUUACUUCUCUAAAGGAAGCUCUGCGGAAACGUGCAGUGACUGCCUUAAGUGCACAGGACUGUAGAUGUUUGGUCAUCCAGCAGAAUGAGUCGGAGGAAGAGGAGGAGCAGUCGCAGGAGGCGGAGCUCCAGCAGCAGUAAACAAUGCAUCUCUCCAUAUCAUUUUCAAAGACACACAAUGGUGGACACUGUGGAAGCUGCAGAGAAGGGAGAAACUGACUCCUUCUGUAAAGAGCAUGGACUGUCAGUGUCUGAAGACGAGAAGGAGACUGAGACUCCAACCACGGAGAAAGAAAACAGACCUGGGAGUUGUGAAGAUUUCUUCCAGGACAAAAAGAAUAAAGACUCAGAACGAGUAGACAGAGGUCCAGGGUUAAAAAUCACACAUUCUGUGACCAUCGAUAACUUUGGACUGUCUUCUCCCAGAGUUGUGUUCGAACGGUGCAAUGAAGCAACGGUUAGUAGUGUGAUAGCAGUCACUGAGGUCAAAUGCAUGAGCCCAAAUAUGAAGCUUGAGAUCAAUGAAGUCGUGACAUCAGACGAUUCAAAUAUCAAGACGACCUUUGUUAUUCAAAACCACAGAGACAAAAGAGAAGAGACUCAUUUUAGAACUGAGAAACAUCAAACUCGAAAAAACACCCAUGUGUGUUCAUGGAACCGACAAGGAGCAGAUUACAAACUAAACAUCAGUGAGACUAUCAGCCACAAGAUUAGCAUUGCAGAGCUGAAUUCAGAGUCAUCACAUGCUUCCAAGAAGCAGAGCUCAUGGGACGAUCCCGAAGAAAAGGCUUGCAGUAAAAGCUGCUGUCAAAACAACUCCCGCUGGGGAAACACAGGUGGCCAGACGGACACAGAUUUCACACUGGUUGAUGGAUCCUCCUGUUGUUCAUCACCCUCUGAUUUCUGGCGACAUCAGAAACAGCACUCACUGCCCAGCAGUUUCAGUAAUGAGGCAUUAUGGGAUAUCCCUCCCCCUGAUGAAUUUGCUGAUAAAAAAAGUAAUGCACAGGAUUUCCUUGCAGAAGAUGUUGCAUCUUGUCAGAUCAGUCCCAGAGAAAGAUUCGCUGACCACAACAACACUAAUUGUAUGCCGACAGCAUCUGAGGUUACCUUGUGCAAAGAGUUUACACGCCAGAAUACACUGGACAACAGGACAAACGAGCCCAGGUGCGAGUCCUCGAGUCCUCAGGAACACUUAUUCAUGAAUCCCAGAGCUUCAAUAAACAGAUCUUCUUUCACUAAAAACUUCAUCGACAAUCACGAAAGAAAGACGCGCUUGCGCAACAACAGCAUCGCCAUCCUAGAACGCAAAACUCAUCCUGCAGGCUACGUGGACAUUCCUCCCAAAAGACGAAAGACCUACCCGGGAUUGACAUAUCAAAUGAGUCAAGCCAGAGAGAGCAUUCCCUCAUACAGAGAGUCGUUUUCCUCUGGCACACUGUCGUCGUUUUUUAUGCAGUCGCUUCCCUCUCAGGCAGAGAGGAUGGGCAGGUUUUAUGUAGAAGACGAAAGACUUCGUCCGCUUGGGAGCCGCAAAUCUUCCAGUAGCAGCAGCUAUAGACCAAGCUCCAGCUCCACAACAGGUCCCGACUCUUGUAUUGCCAAGUUUAAAGAUUACCGCUCAACGAAGAACCCCUUCUAUCCAUCCAGGUCUGAUGAGAGUCCAGAAGAAGUCUUCUUUAGAGGCGAACAAUAUCAUGGGCCAGCAGAGCUUCAGGCGAGUUCUGGUUUGAUGAUCGCUGAUGGGGAUGAAGAUGGUGCGCCUGAGCUGAAUGAAGUCAAUGAAAGUGGCUUUGACGAGGAAAUGCUGGAGCUGGAUGAGUCCAUUUCUCCAGGUGACACCAUGGAGAGACAUCAAAGGGAGCUUCUUAUUCAUGUCAUCCCACCUUCCCUGAGCAACUCCGAGGAACAAAUCGAUGAAGGAUUACACAACAGUGUCAAGCAUAACACGUGUGACAGAGAUGAAUCCGACGCGCCGAAGAAACGAAGAGGGUCGGUAAUGACAAUAAUCACUGGGCACUGUGAGCAGAGAUUUCUGCAGGGCAACCGCAUCUUCUCAUUUGAUGAGGAGCAACAGACAGAUGCUUUGAGCCCUACUGCGUCUCCCAUAGAGGACCUUGCCUGCAUCAGAGAAGCGGUGGAGGAGCUCCAGGAUUCCUCACAAGCACAAAAAACCACAUCUUCUGCGAAUAGUAUACUAAUCUUACAUAUGGACACGUCGUCUCAACAGUCUGGAGAAAUGCAACCAAAUGAAGUCCCGGAUAAAACAAGCACAGAUGUCUAUAGGACAACCAAACUUUAUAAAAAUGACUUGCCUGAAAGGCAAAGUGCCUCAAAAAAUUCAUUAGAGGUCAAAGAGCACCUCAGGCCUUCAACAGACUCCAUUCAUAAAGAUUCAGAGGAGCAUUCAGAGCACUGGGCAAGGAGACGCAAGCUCUUCAAGGAGAGCAAACAGCGCAGUUCUGCAGGAGGAAGCUCUAUUACUAGCAAUAUCACAGAGGAAUCAGACACAAUGAACUCUGAGGACACUCGUUCAGUGGACAUGUCAAUGCGGGAUAUUGAGGACAGAGGAUUUUACACAGAAACCUUUCACUCAGUAUCGUGGAUAUACCAUGGAGAUGAAGUUAACCAGGAUGAAAGUGCACACUGUCUCAGCAGCUGUACUCGACCAGCAGCAAUUCGUGAGCGGACGGUGAAAAUCAGCAAAGGCAUGGGCGAGUAUCCCUGGGGCUUCAGGAUUCAGUUCUCCAAACCUAUCGUGGUCACUGAGGUGGACACAAAUGGAGCAGCGGAGGAGGCAGGUCUGCAGGUUGGAGACUAUGUGCUGGCGGUCAACGGCACCGAUGUCACGAUGGUGCCACACUCAGAAGCGGCUGACCUCGCACGACAAGGCCCAGACAUUUUGACUCUGACCAUUGGCUCGGACAUCGGUCGAAUGCCGAACACUCCUCGACCAGCGUGCAGAGGAUACUUGCAUAAGAGAACUCAGUCCAGUUUGCUGAAGGGCUGGAGAAAGAGGUGGUUUGUGCUCAGACACGACUGCUGCCUCUAUUACUACAGAAACAAGCGUGAUGAAGGGAAGAGCCGAGCUCAGUCUGUGGUGAGUCUGGAAGGAGCUGUGGUGGAGGCCGACAGCAGUUUAGGAAAGCCGUUUGUGUUCAGAUGCUGCCCUGUGUCUGGAAACCGAGUUUACUACCUGUGUGCCACAUCAAACCAAGAGAUGAAGAGGUGGCUGGAGGCUAUGGGUAGAGCAGUUCAUCCUAUUACACAGGAUCACGUGUGGGUGGACGUGACUCGACACAACUCAAACCUGCCCCCUCUGGCAGUCAAGAACCCAGAAUGCCUUGGGUUACUGCACCAGCUGGACAGGAGCAAGGACUCAUGGGUGCAGCACUACUGUGUGCUGAAAGAUGGAUGCCUCUAUUUCUACGCCAGCAUUCGGUCGACCUGCGCGAGAGGAGGAAUCUACCUGCAUGGCUACACAGUGAGGGAUCAGAUGAUGGGAUCCAGAAGAUCUGCUAUUGAGCUCAGACCUCCGUCUGAAGAGUUUAAAGUGUUCUACCUCUGCGCAGAGAAUGCAAACGAGAACAAACGAUGGAUUAGCGCAAUAAAAUCAUCUACAGCAAAAUGGCUGCCAUUGCAUCAGGCAAUUCAGGACUACAUGAGUCGCCCAUCCGAGGAAACAAGAAUGUGAACGAGACUGAUUACAGGACAGGCGUUUCUUAACAAGCACGACCGUGUUCAAACAAGAGCAUGAGGAUCUCCUAAUUUUCUCUUAAAAUUAGAUCUGUGAAUACCCAGACAUUGUGCACAAUAACAUCUUAGUUUCUUAGAAGACUUCAGGUUGACAGGUUUGUAGCUUGGGUCUUGGUGGAC